AUCUUUUAUGUAUGUGUAAAUGACAUACAGAUGGAACACUACAGCAAUCGUAUAGGACGUUAUUUCCGCACCAGGCCAUUUUCUCAUUCUGACAGUAUAGCAGUCUUUAUGGAGAAUCGUCCUGAAUACAUCGCUACCUGGUUAGGUCUUAGCAAAGCUAAUUUUAUAGGGGCUUUAAUCAACACAAAUCUCCGUCGUGACGUACUUCUGCACAGCAUUAAAGCCGCCGGCUGCAAAGCUAUCAUUUUUGGGUCGGAAUUUAAGGAUGCGAUCCGUGACAUCAAGGAUAAAAUACCUGAUAUUGAGCUCUAUCAGUGGUCGGAGUUGACGGACACACCGAUUUUGGAAGGUGCGAUCGACCUUAACUCAAAACUCAGCAGCAUUGAGCCUGGACCUCUCAUAGUGCAAAUCGGCUACAGCAAUGCCCGGGACAAAUUGAUUUACAUCUAUACAUCUGGUACGACGGGAAUGCCAAAGGCUGCUGUUAUCAAUAAUUUGAGGUAAGUUCCUAUGGAUUGAUUAGCUA